AUGUCGACUGCUGUCAUUAUGGGUUUUGUUGUUGCCGGCGCAGCUACUGCUGGUCGUCUCGGUAUUAAGGCUUUUCAAGAAUAUCAAAAGUUACCAAAGACACCUAGAAUGUCCAAGUUUUACAAGGGAGGAUUUGAUGCCAAGAUGAACAAGAGAGAAGCAGCUUUGAUUCUCGGUGUUAGAGAGUCAGCAGUAACAAAGCAAAAGAUCAAGGAAGCACACAGACGUAUCAUGCUACUUAACCAUCCUGACCGUGGAGGCUCGCCCUUUUUGGCAUUAAAGAUCAACGAGGCAAAGGAAUUUCUGGACAGCAAAGUGAAAAAGUAG